GAAAAAGAAAACCCCAGUUACACCGAGGAAACUGGCAACCGCAACACGAAAGGCGCGCCACUGCACAUCUGUGUCUGAGCUCAGUUGUCUGUGGACCUUGUGGACUUCCGUGUUUUGUGACGUUCCGUGAUGUGGACGGUGUCUGUGGAAAUGUGGAUGUGUGGAGUACGGUGAAGUCUGUUUUGCGUUAAUUUUGAAGCCAGCAUGGAACCUCUGUACCUGCAAACAAAUCGACUUGUUCAGGAGACUCAACAGUGUUUUGAAAAACUGGAAAAAGGUGGUGACGCUAAUUCAGAUGCAAUUGAAAGAGAAAUUCAAGCGAGAAUAGACUCUAUCACGAGCAACUGCGAAAGAUUAGAAAUUCUCAUUUAUAAAGAACCACUGAAUAGGCGAACAAAUGGAAAACUACGAAUUGACCAACUAAAAUAUGACAGGAUGCAUUUACAGGCAGCAUUAGACACAUACAGGAAUCGCAGAUACCAGCGUCUGCAAGAGGAGAGGGAACGUGAAGCCCUACUGAACCUGCAGUUCCGGCCCAGUAGCAGCCAUGAGACCAGCAUCCUCAUGGACCACGGCCAGAAGCACCACACUUCCCUCCAGAAUGCAAAUCGUGGAGUUGACGACUUACUGCAGUCUGGUGCAGGAAUUUUAGAAAGUCUACAAGGUCAGCGGGUGACCAUCAAAAGUGCACACCGACGUCUAUAUGACAUUGCAAAUACGUUGGGAUUGUCAAACACAACAAUGCGUUUCAUAGAAAGGCGAGCAUACCAGGACAAAUUUAUACUGUUUGGUGGAAUGGUGUUUACCCUCAUUGUGAUAGGUCUAAUAGUCAUCUACUUUACAUAACAGCAGACAACGCUGUGUGAAGUCUGCACCUCUCUGCGUGAUUUGCUAAGCCCAAGAAGUAAUUUCCUAAAGACAAUGGAUCUCUCACCUGAGGGUGUCAGUGUUAUCUUGCUUCAGAAGGCCUUGUAAAUGUGUCAGUACAGUAAAGUACAUAUAAGUUAUUGUAGACUGCCACACUGUUGUUAAAUUGGGGACCAAACAUUGUAGUCAAGUGGGCACCACACCUGCUUCAUGUAUAGGAGGUUUUUCCCAGUUACCUCAAUCCCUGCAGAAGAAUGUUGGGAUAAUGCUUUAAAUUGGUCAGCAGCUGCUCCAUUCCAUAUUGCCUAUUAAUUAUUUACUGAUUGCCUUUCAGUUCAUUGCCUCAGACAGGUUUCUUUCCAUCAUUUGUGGUUUUGUUGCCACCUGUUCAUAGAGUGUUGCCAGCUAAUGGGUGGCUUCCUAACAGUACAACAAUAAUGUGCUACCAUACAAGUCUAAUUGUAGGUCCCGUUUAUACUCCAUAAAUAUGUUUUCCUCAGCCACUUCACAUCUCCACAGGUAAAAGUCAGAUCUAGAGAAACUUAACAUAAGCCAUGCUGUAACAUAAACAGACCACUGCU